CCAAAGACAAUAACCAAACAACGCGAACCGUCUACAACGCGAUAUUACACUUAUAUCGUUUAUUAUUAUUAUUAUUAUUAUUAUUAUUAAUUUUUUCUCAUUUCGGCGGUUUAGUGUUGUUUUCUGUUCUCGGCGUCUACCGCUGUUCGCCGCCAACGGUAAUCGCGUCGCCCUACGACAACAACGACCAUAACAACAACAACGGCGAUAAAACCACAACAAACCGACAACGGCGGUACGCGUGUUGUUCGAGUACAACCGCACCGCAUUCGCUGCUCCGUCCGUCGUGGUGUCAGCGUCCGAUGGUGAUAUCCAACGUGCACAGCGGCGGCCAGUAGAUCACCGGCAAACGCGAUGGCAUCGGACGAGGAAGUCGAGGAAUCUUUCACCGAAGAAUUUGAUGAACCAUCAAGUCGUGUAGAAAACUCGUUUGAUUCUGAGGAAGAAAAACGUGUAGAGGAAGAAGAUGAUGAAUAUGAUCCUGAUGGUCGAAAAAAGAAGCGAGGUAAAAAGCGUAAAGCAAAGAGUGAUUCUAAAAAGGAAAAGAAAAGAAAGAAAAGAAAAAGAGGUGGAGAUAGUGCUGAGGAAAGUGAUUUUGGGAAUUUUGAAGAAGAAACUACUGCCGCUAAUGACUCAGAUUAUUCCAAUCGAAAGUCAAAGAAAUCAAAAAACUCUUCCUCUAAGCAUCAUCAGCCCACUACAUCUCAAGAUAAUAAUGGCACUGGAAUGCCAUCAGUUGAAGAAGUCUGUCAAACAUUUGGUUUACAAGAUGUUUCAAUUGAUUUCACUGAUGCUGACUAUCAAAAUUUAACCACUUACAAAUUAUUUCAGCAACAUGUUAGGCCUAUUCUUGCCAAAGAAAAUCCUAAGGUUGUAAUUGCUAAAAUGAUGAUGUUAGUUGCUGCAAAGUGGCGUGAUUUCUGCCAACAAAACCCACACCAAGAACAGCCAGAAUUUGAAGCAAACGAAGAACCUGAAUACCAACCUAAAAGUUCAACUUCUAGACACAAGUCAAGAUCAGUGGAUGAAUUAGAUGAAUUAGAAGAAGAAGAAGAAGUAGAAGUAGAAGAAAAGAAGAGUAAAAAACGAAGUAAUCGCGCUAAGCGUAGUGGUGGUGGUAAUAAGAGAAAUUCACAAGGAUCAACCUCUAAAGUUCCCACAUUAAAAAUAAGGCUUGGAAAACGCAAACAAGCAAGUUCUGAUGAUGAUGCUGAAGGUGUGGGAGCUGGAGACACUCAAGGUGAUUCAGAUGCAGAAUUUGAGCAAAUGCUGCAAGAAGCUGAAGAAGGUGCAGCUGCUGAAGCUGAAGUGCCUGAAAAGAAGGCUGAAGAUCCUGAUGCUCCUAAAAAGAAAGCAAAAACCAAAAUUGGUAAUAAGUCUAAAAAGAAGAAAAAGACCAAAAUGACUUCCAAAUUCCCAGAUGGUAGUGGUGAUGGAGAAGAAGGAUAUGAACAAACAGAUCAUCAAGAUUACUGUGAGGUUUGCCAACAAGGAGGAGAAAUUAUCUUAUGCGAUACUUGUCCAAGAGCAUAUCAUCUUGUAUGUUUGGAUCCAGAGUUGGAAGAUACACCUGAAGGAAAAUGGUCUUGUCCACAUUGUGAAAGCGAAGGUGGUCAAGAACAAGAAGAAGAUGAACAUCAAGAAUUUUGCAGAGUAUGUAAAGAUGGAGGUGAACUUUUAUGUUGCGAUUCUUGUCCAGCCGCAUAUCAUACAUUCUGUUUGAGUCCCCCUAUUACUGAUGUACCUGAUGGUGAUUGGAAGUGUCCUCGAUGUUCAGCAAAACCAUUACCAGGGAAAGUUUCAAAAAUCUUAACUUGGCGUUGGAAACCAAUACCAGAAGAUCCUAAUAAACCAGUUGAUGAACAAUCUGAAAAGGUUAACCGACGACGAAAUAAACAACAAAGGCAACGAGAAUACUUUGUGAAAUGGCAAGAUCAGAGUUACUGGAAAUGUGACUGGGUGUCUGAAGUUCAAAUGGAAGUUUUUCAUCCAAUUACUAUUAGAAGUUAUAUGCGAAAAUAUGAUAUGGAUGAACCCCCUAAAUUAGAAGAACCAUUAGAUGAAUUAGACAACCGAUGGAAAAGACUUCGUGAAGUUGGUGGUGAUCAAUCUGCCUUAGAAGAAAAAUUUUACAGAUAUGGUGUAAAACCAGAAUGGCUAUUGGUCCAUAGAAUUCUAAAUCAUAAGCAUUUAAGAGAUGCACGUAUGAUGUAUUUAGUUAAAUGGCGAGACUUGCCAUAUAGCUUAGCUACAUGGGAACAUGAAAAUCCUGAAUAUACAGAUUUAAAAUCAUUUAUUGAUUAUUAUUGGGAACUAAGGGCAUCAUGUGAUACAUCAAAGAAAACCAAAAAAGUGAAAGGAAAAAAGAGCAGUAGUAAAAAGGAUUCAGUUGAUGACGAAGAAACACCUAAAGCCACAAUGGGACUUACUUGUCGCAAAUUUGUGCCGGCUCCUGAUAAACCAGUAUCUGAUUUAAAAAAGAAAUAUGAAAAGCAACCCGAUUAUGUAUCCGAAACUGGUAUGGAAUUGCAUCCUUAUCAGUUAGAAGGUUUAAACUGGCUAAGAUAUUCUUGGGGUCAAGGCAUUGAUACUAUAUUAGCUGAUGAAAUGGGUCUUGGAAAAACCAUUCAAACCAUAACAUUUUUAUACUCUCUUUAUAAGGAAGGACAUUGCAAAGGUCCAUUUUUGGUGAGUGUACCACUAUCGACACUUAUUAAUUGGGAACGUGAAUUUGAAACAUGGGCACCAGACUUUUAUGUUGUCUCCUAUGUAGGAGACAAAGACUCUAGAGUAACAAUUAGAGAAAAUGAAUUUUCAUUUGAUGAUACUCGUUCUGGUGUACGUUGUAAUAAGAUAAAAGGCGCAGUUAAAUUCCACGUAUUACUUACAAGUUAUGAACUAAUUUCAAUAGACGCUCCAUUAUUAGGAUCAAUUGAAUGGGCUGUAUUAGUUGUGGAUGAGGCUCAUAGGCUUAAAAGCAAUCAGUCAAAAUUUUUUAGACUUUUGGCUGGCUAUAAUAUACGUAAUAAGUUGCUAUUAACUGGUACUCCUCUACAAAAUAAUCUAGAAGAGUUAUUCCAUUUAUUAAAUUUUUUGACACCUGAAAAGUUUAAUGAUCUAACAGUUUUUCAAAACGAAUUUGCUGAUAUUUCAAAAGAAGAGCAAGUCAAACGUCUUCACGAAAUGUUAGGUCCUCAUAUGCUUAGAAGAUUAAAAGCUGAUGUUUUGAAGAAUAUGCCUUCAAAAUCAGAGUUCAUUGUACGUGUUGAAUUAUCUCCAAUGCAAAAGAAAUAUUAUAAAUAUAUUUUAACACGAAAUUUUGAAGCUCUUAAUCCAAGAGGUGGAGGACAGCAAGUGUCCUUAUUAAAUAUUAUGAUGGAUUUAAAAAAGUGUUGUAAUCAUCCAUACCUUUUCCCUGCGGCUGCUCAAGAAGCUCCAACUACUAUCAAUGGAAGUUAUGAAAUUGGUGGUCUCACUAGAGCAGCUGGAAAACUAGUUUUAUUAUCUAAAAUGCUCAGAAUACUCAAUGAAACAAAUCAUCGAGUUUUAAUAUUUUCUCAAAUGACAAAAAUGUUGGAUAUUCUUGAAGAUUAUCUUGAAGGAGAAGGUUAUAAAUAUGAAAGAAUUGAUGGUUCUAUAACGGGAAAUCAAAGACAAGAAGCAAUUGAUAGAUUCAAUGCUCCUGGUGCUCAACAAUUUGUAUUCUUGCUCUCAACCAGGGCUGGUGGUUUGGGAAUCAAUUUGGCAACUGCUGAUACAGUCAUAAUUUAUGAUUCUGAUUGGAAUCCUCAUAAUGAUAUUCAAGCUUUUUCAAGAGCUCAUCGUAUUGGUCAAGCAAAUAAAGUUAUGAUAUAUCGUUUUGUGACAAGAAAUUCAGUUGAAGAACGAGUUACCCAAGUAGCCAAAAGAAAAAUGAUGUUGACUCACUUAGUUGUAAGACCUGGUAUGGGAGGAAAACAAACUAAUUUUACAAAACAAGAAUUGGAUGACAUAUUACGAUUUGGAACUGAAGAACUAUUUAAAGAAGAAGAGGGUAAAGAAGAAGAAGCUAUUCAUUACGAUGAUAAAGCAGUUGCAGAACUAUUAGACCGUUCAAAAAUUGGUAUUGAACAAAAAGAAAAUUGGUCAAAUGAAUAUUUGUCUUCAUUCAAAGUGGCUAGUUAUGUAACUAAAGAAGAAGAUGAAGAAGAAGAAGCUAAUACAGAAGUUAUUAAACAAGAAGCUGAAAAUACUGAUCCUGCAUAUUGGGUUAAAUUGCUUCGUCAUCAUUAUGAGCAACAUCAAGAAGAUAUUUCCAGAACAUUAGGCAAAGGAAAACGAGUUAGAAAACAAGUAAACUAUAAUGAUGGUGGUGGUGUUGUAGAUUCAACUCGUGAAGAUACUACUUGGCAAGAAAAUCUAUCUGAUUAUAAUUCAGAUUUCUCUGCUCCAUCAGAUGAUGACAAAGAAGAUGACGACUUUGAUGAAAAAGAUGGUGAAGCUGGUAAAAAACUUAAACGUAAACCUGAAAGAAAAGAAGAAAGAGAUAGACCUUUGCCUCCUUUAUUGGCUAGAGUUGGUGGAAACAUUGAGGUACUUGGAUUUAAUGCUCGGCAAAGAAAGGCUUUCUUAAAUGCUAUCAUGAGGUAUGGAAUGCCACCUCAAGAUGCCUUUAACUCUCAAUGGCUUGUAAGAGAUUUGAGAGGAAAAUCAGAAAAAAAUUUUAAAGCAUAUGUUUCAUUAUUUAUGCGUCACUUGUGUGAACCUGGUGCUGAUAAUUCUGAAAAUUUUGCUGAUGGCGUACCACGUGAAGGUCUAAGUCGACAACAUGUACUCACAAGAAUUGGUGUUAUGUCACUAAUUCGUAAAAAAGUUCAAGAAUUUGAAGAAAUUAAUGGUUUCUACAGUAUGCCAGAGCUUAUUCGUAAACCUAUUCAAACUAUCAAAGCAGCUGAUGCAUCUACUAGUUCAACACCUGUUCCACGUUCUGAAGCUUCAACACCUACAACUACUGUAUCAGAAAAAGCUGAAGUUGAAACGGAAAAUAAACCUAAAGAUCCUGAGGAGAAACCAAAAGAAACACCAGCAACAACUGAUGAUAAGCCAAUAGAAAUUAAAUCUGAAGAAAGUACUAACACAACUCCUGUUAAAAUUGAAAAUGAAUUAUCUGCUAAAACUGAUAAUCCAGAAGAAACAUCUGUUGUUAAAGAAGAAAAUGAAGGAGCAGUGAAUCUUCAAAAAGAAAAACCAAUUGAAGAAAAAAUACCAGAAAAAGAAACCACUCAAGAAAAUGACAAUGAAGUUGUCAAGGUUGAACAGUCUGACACUUCAUCAACAGAACAAAAAGAAWRUAAUUCUGUAGCAACAUCUGAAAUUGAAAAGAAAGAAGAAGAAGAAGAAAAAGAAAAGGAAUCUGAACCUUCUAUUGCUGAUAAAAAAGAAGAAGAAAUAAAAGCUGCUGAAGCCUCAGCAAAGGCACUGCAAGCAGAUGAUGAAACUAAGAAAAAAUUAUUAGAAGAAGCUGAAAGAGCUAAAGUGGCUGCUGGCAUUGGCACUGAAAAUGAUAAAGAGGAUAAAAUUACUAGGAAGUUUAUGUUUAACAUUGCUGAUGGUGGUUUUACUGAACUCCAUACUUUGUGGGUAAACGAAGAAAAAGCAGCUGUUCCUGGACGAGAAUAUGAAAUCUGGCACAGAAGACAUGAUUAUUGGUUAUUGGCGGGUAUUGUAACACAUGGUUAUGGGCGUUGGCAAGAUAUUCAAAAUGAUAUCCGAUUUGCUAUCAUCAAUGAGCCUUUUAAAAUGGAUGUAGGUAAAGGGAACUUCUUGGAAAUUAAAAACAAAUUCUUGGCAAGAAGAUUUAAAUUAUUGGAACAAGCGCUUGUUAUUGAGGAACAACUAAGGCGAGCUGCCUAUUUGAACCUUACACAAGAUCCAAAUCAUCCAGCAAUGUCAUUGAAUGCUCGGUUUGCUGAGGUUGAGUGUUUGGCUGAAUCACAUCAACACUUAUCUAAAGAAAGUUUAGCUGGCAACAAACCGGCCAAUGCUGUUCUUCACAAAGUAUUAAAUCAAUUGGAAGAACUUUUAUCAGAUAUGAAAUCUGAUGUAAGUAGAUUACCUGCAACUCUGGCUCGUAUACCACCUGUUGCCCAGCGACUUCAAAUGUCUGAAAGAUCUAUAUUAUCUCGUUUAGCUGCUACCACAUCUUCGGCUACAUCUACUUCCCAACAACAAUCUGGAGUUGGGGCCAUAAGCAAUCAAUACCCUAAUGGUUUUCAAAAUGGACAAUUAAAUGGUGCGUUCGGCAACACUAACUUCACCAAUUUCAGACCCCAGUAUUCAGUACCUGGGCAGCAAACAUCUUCAUCUAGCACUGCUUAAGUGCCAUUUUGUAUUUUAUAUUCAUCAAAAACCUUUUUAAUUCUUUAUUUCUAGAUCUCUAUCUAAAACAGAAAACAUUUUAUUUUAAUUCAUUAUUAUACUUUAUUUGAGUUAUAAUAUUGAGUUGGUAACCGAUUAUUUUUCAUUUUCUUAUUUAUUACACUACACAAAGGUUUGAGUUUCUAUUGAAUACCAAUGUAAAAAUUAAUUCAAAAUGUACUUUUUAUCCUGAAAAUUAGUGACCAAUUAUUUUUGCACUGCGCCUGCAGUGUCUUAAAUGUCUCAUAAACAUUGUACAUACAUUUUAUUAUCAACAAAACGGAAAAUUACAUUAGCUUUAAUGUAUUUACUUAAUAACUUUUUUAUGAUAUUUAUUUUAUUAUUAUUAUAUUUUUUUUCUAAGGGUUUUAGAUUGUAAUAUAAGGACAUUUUUCAUUACGUAUUUGAUGAUAAGUAAAACAAUAAAACAACUGAUAUGUCAGAUGUA